AUGAUUCCGCGGCAGUCGUACGCACCGCUGCCGCCGAGCUACGUGCCGAACACGACGCCGUCGGCGACGAUCAACCUCGACGAGGAGGUCAAGCUGGCGGAGACGCGGGCGGAGCGCGACAUGCAAGAGUCGCUGGCGGAGAUUUUCAGCAUCAUCGUGACCAUUGACGAGCUGGAAAAGGCGUUUCUCAAGGACGCGGUGCCCGAGGCGGACUACACGGAGAUCUGCGAGCGCUCGCUCAAGCAGUACAACUCGAUCCUCAAGGACGAGGCUGUGGCGGCGGCCUAUGGCAGCCUAGACGAAUUCAAACAAGAGUGGGAUCUCGAAGUCCCCCGCGCUACCGAACGGAUACGCGCCGGCAUGCCGUCAACGGCACUGAUUGCCGGUAGCGGCGGCGGCGGUGGAGGCGGUGGAGGUGGCAACGGAAACGGCCACGGCAACGGCGACGGCGGCACCGGGCUUGGUGGCGGUGGGCUCUCAAGUGGUGGUUUGGGUGGCGGCGGCGGCGGCGGCGGCGGUGGUAAUGCUCCCGGCGGCGCGCUGAUUCUAGAAGCGACACAGGACUUUAUCACGUUUCUGGACGCGCUGCGGCUGGGCCUGCUCGCCAAAGACCAGCUGCACCCGCUGCUGACCGACGUGAUCCAUGCCGUCAACAAGGUGACGGACCGCGACUUUGAGAACCGCGGCAAGAUUGUGCAGUGGCUGAUCACGCUGAACCAGAUGAAGGCGACGGACGUGCUGGACGAGGGCCAGGCGCGCGAGCUGGAGCUGGACAUCAACUCGGCGUACCAGGGGUUCAAGAGCACGUUGACGUAG